CUAGCCUUCGUCUUCAGCUCCGUGGUCUACGGCACCAGCUACCGGUCCAUGAACUCCAUGGCAAAGCCGUCUUUCGCAGACGAUGGCAGCCUUGCCGACGGGGGAAUUGACCUGAACAUGGAGCAGGGGAUGGCAGAGCACCUCAAGGAUGUGAUCCUGCUGACAGCUAUAGUCCAAGUGCUGAGCUGCUUCUCGCCCUACGUCUGGUACUUCUGGCUCUUGGCGCCGGGACGUGCCCUCUACCUCCUGUGGGUGAACAUCCUGGGGCCCUGGUUUACAGCUGACUCCUCACCCGCUGGUCAGGAACCAAAUGAGAAGAAGCAACGCCGACAAGAACGCCGCCAGAUGAAGCGCUUCUAGCCCUGGCUGGGGAGAUAGAUUCGCGCCGUCUCUCAUCUCCACGCUGUUCUUUCAUCAGGGAUGCGACCGAAACCAUCGCAGCAGCUGUGCUGCCCUCUGUCAUCGCUGCCAUUCCGCUAGAGAGGCUGCAAGAGACUUCCUUUGGUUGGUUCUUGGCGCCAGUCGAGGCCUUGCUCCUUGGGAUGACAAGGGGGGUGAUGCUGGGAUGUGUGUAAAUCCCUUUUUAAAGCAGUGGGGUAUCGCGUCCGAGGUUGGGCAUUGCAAGUUUGGAGGGAAUAGUCCAUUAAAGAGCAGAGUCU